UGCUAUGUAAACCUAAGCGAUAUUCUAUAGUGCACACUUGUACAAUAUUUAUAUUACACACGAGUGAUAUUAUUGUUGUAACAACGAUCACAGAACGACCGAAGUAGCCACGUUCGCAGUUUAAUAACAUUCGUCAGCUCGCGCUCAUGUUUCCUUAAACGCUGAAGCAAGGAACGGCGUACUAUACCGGGGGGUGAGGAGGGGAGGGGGCAGGAGGGGGCUCUAUCUUCGUAGAAUCAGAUUUAUGCUAACGAUUCAGAGCAGCAGGAUCGAACGAGUACACGAGAGAAAAGCAGAAAGCGCGAAAUUCGUAAAUUUCCCAACAACAUCGACAACGUGUGAUGUACCCGUGAAUGCAGCGAUGUGGAGAACGAGGAUAGAAACAGCGAAGAAACUUCUCGCUCGCUCGUGCUCGGCCAAUUCGAAGCACGCCCAGGAUGUGAGACCCUUCGAGGACAUUCCGGGCCCGAAAUCCUUGCCCGUUGUCGGCACGCUGUACAAAUAUCUUCCUCUUAUCGGUAAGAACAGUGUUUCUCGCAAGAUCGUGCAAGAGAGCUCGGUCUCACGGAAAAUCUCAAUUCGUGACAAUAACGGAACUCGCUGCCUCGAACAAACAAGCUCCACCGGGCGUUCCGACAUUACAGGCGAGUACAGUUUCACCAGGUUGCACACGACGGGUUUGUUGAAACUGAAGCGUUACGGACCCUUGGUGCGGGAAGAAAUAGUACCUGGCGUGCCGACGGUCUGGGUGUUCCGACCGGAAGACAUUGCGAGUGUCCUGCAGGCCGAGGCGGGCCUUUACCCGGAGAGAAGGUCGCACUUGGCUCUUCUCAAGUAUCGGAAAGACCGAAGUAACGUUUACAACACCGGUGGACUUUUACCUACAAACGGUGCUGAUUGGUGGAGACUGCGCAGGGAAUUUCAAAAGGUCCUUAGCAAACCCCGUAACGUGGCCGAGUAUCUGGAGGACACCGAUGUCGUGGUCCAAGAGUUCGUGAAACUUUGCCAGCUGGAGAAGAUUGACGAUUUUUUGCCGUUACUCUCGCGUCUUUUUCUCGAAUUGACAUGUCUCGUUGCCUUCGACGUGAGAAUGAACAGUUUCUCCGAGGAGGAGAGACGUCCCGACUCUAGAAGCUCGAAGCUUAUCGAUGCAGCUUUCGAAACAAACAGCGUUAUAGUGAGAUUAGAUAAUGGUCCAAGGCUUUGGCGAUACUUCGAGACGCGAUUAUAUAGGAAGCUGCGCAAAGCGCAGAGUUACAUGGAAGAGGUGUCGCAGCAGAUGGUGUCCCAGAGAAAUCAGAGCACAUCGAUACGCCGCAAGAAGUCUCUCUUGGAGGAGUACUCGCGGAACGAGGCGUUAGACAUCAAGGAUAUCGUUGGUAUGUCGUGCGAUAUGCUGCUCGCCGGUGUGGAUACCACGACGUACAGCACAUCGUUUGCUCUGUAUCACCUCGCGAGGAAUUCCGACCUGCAGGAUAAACUGAGACAUGAGGCCACAGCGUUACUGGCAGAUCCCGAUUCCCCGAUAACAUUGGAGGUUUUGAGCAACGCCGCAUACACGAAAGCCGUGAUCAAGGAAACAUUCCGCAUGAAUCCCAUUUCCGUCGGGAUCGGUCGUAUCCUGCAGACCGACGUGGUUCUCAACGGAUAUCACGUACCCCGAGGCGUAAUUAAUCGAAUUGAUCGAAUGAGCGUUCGUUCGCUAGUUAGUCCCGCAACAAGUGUAACGCAAGGAAAUGCCGUCGAAACGUUUCAGACCGUGGUCGUGACGCAAAACCAGGUGACAUGCCGCUUGCCGGAGUACUUCAACGAGCCGAACUCCUUCGUUCCGGAACGGUGGCUACGUUCCAAGGACCGGACGACGAGAGAAAGCAUAAACCCGUAUCUGGUGUUGCCCUUCGGACAUGGGCCGCGAUCAUGCAUCGCGAGACGAUUCGCGGAGCAAAACAUUCAGGUUGUGCUUCUUCGAAUGUGCAGAAACUUGCGUUUUACUUGGUGCGGCGGUAACCUCGGAACGAAGUCCUUGCUGAUCAACAAACCCGACGCGCCUAUCAAGCUGGAAUUCGAAUGCGUGAACGCGUAAGAGGAAAACAAAAUUGUUCUUCGAGCGACGAGCUCGAACGCGAAAAGCUUACAAUCGCAGAUUUGUGGCAUCA